CCUCAAUGCGCAUAUCAACCCUCCUUACUAGUAGCCUGCUUCCUUUUGACUCUAUACACCCUCUAAUCUUUGCUUUUUUAGCCUUCGCAGUUCAUAACAGAACUAUCAUUGGUAGUGAUUCUCACAAGCAUUAAAGAGCAUCAUCCUUCAAAUAAUUAAUACCUCUACCUAAGCUUCCACUAUCUAUAUCUUAAACUAAGGAUGGCAUCUAGUUCAAUGUCGGCUCAUGGCUCCGGCUCUUGGACUGCCAAGCAAAACAAGGCCUUUGAGAAGGCUCUGGCAGUGUAUGACAAGGACACGCCUGACCGCUGGUAUAAUGUUGCCAGGGCUGUGGGUGGGAAAACAGCAGAGGAAGUGAAAAGGCACUAUGAGCUCCUCGUUGAAGAUGUCAAACAUAUCGAGUCAGGCCACGUGCCCUUUCCGAAAUACCGGACCACUGGAGGGAGCAUGAGUGAAGAGGAAAAGAGGAUGAAAAAUCUGAAGCUGCACUAAGAAGUUUUCCUGUCACCUAAUCAACAAUAAAGAUCUACAUAUAAUCUACUCUUAUCAUUACUUAAAGGAUGCAUUAUAAAGACAGUACCUAUUUGAGAAUUGCCAACCGGUGAUUCUGGUCUUAUUUCUUCAUCUUCUCCGUUCUUGUGCCAACUCUUUGUCAAGUAUUCCUCUAUUGUCACUGCAAAUCCAUCGUGUAUCAAGAGAUGAGCAUCGCAAUUUUCUUUUUCCAAGUCUUAUGAUGUGUAACAAAUUCGCUACAUCUGCAAUAUAUAAGUUCCACGUUAGCUUUGUUAAAA